AUGAUGUCAUGUGAUAAAGCACACAGACACACACUCAUUGGAGAAAAGAUGUGUGUGUGUAUGAGUGCAUCAGACACACAGCAGAUAAAGGCAGCAUCACUCAGGUCCUCACACACCGAGCCUAUUGUCAGCGCAUCCGAUGAACAGCUGACAUCACGGCCUGUGCUAGGAGGGAAGGGGACCAGGGCACGAGGGGCAUUAGUGAGCCAGACUGAGUUAGCAACACCGAGGAACAAAAACAACAACAAAAUGGUAAGAGGGCUUGUUUUUCUUUUCUUUUUGCACAUAAUAUGCAGUCUGUGACUUUUUUUGGCUCAUAGAUUUCAGUUUUUUUAAAUUUCUUUAGAUAUUGAGGAUUGUUUUUAUGUGUGUUUGCAGCAUGUCAACAGUGCGAGGUUUUCUUUGGUCGUGCUUGGUGUCAUUGGCUGGUCUAUGACACUUUCAUCUGCCACACAAGGUAUUUAUCCCAAACUUCACAGGAAAGCAUGUUGAUUGUUGUUGUGCACAUGUUACUCUUGUUGAAAGCUUAUUUUUGCUGUCCUUGAAGUAGGUCUGAGUGACAAAGUCCUCGUCUUUCCCUAUGAGACUGACUUCAGCUUCGUGGCCCUCAUCCCUCAGAAGGAGAUGGGACUGAGGGCCUUUACUCUCUGCAUGCGGGUGGCCACCGAGCUCCCUGAGGAGCGCCAGAUCAUCCUGUUCGCCUAUCGCACAGCUGACUAUGAUGAGCUUAAUGUGUGGCGUGAGAAGGACGGCCGGGUCUCCUUCUACUUGAGCGGUGACGGCUGCUUCUUCCACCUGCCACCCAUCACCACUUUCCGCACCAGCCUCUGCCUCACCUGGGAGUCUCGCACCGGCCUCGCUGCUUUCUGGGUUGAAGGAAAACGCAGCACCUACCAGGUGUACAAACCGGGGCACACCAUCCGUCCAAAGGGCACUGUCCUCCUGGGGCAGGACCCAGACAAACACCUUGGAGGAUUGGAGGCUGUGCAGAGUUUUGUAGGUGAGGUGACGGAUCUGAACAUGUGGGAUUUUGUGCUUUCUAGGAGCAUGAUCCAGGCCUGGCACUACGGCCACAAGGUCCCCAAGGGCAACAUCUUCGACUGGGGCACCAUGGAGUAUGAGCUGAGUGGGAAUGUGAUGGUGGUGGAUGAUGACUGA